GGGGGAGCCGGGACAUGGCCGCUGCCCGCUCCUGCCUGCGCGCCGCAGCCGGCAUGGCCCUGCCCGCGGCCGCGCGCGGCUGAGCCUCGACCUUGCCUUCCCCUUCGACCCUCCUCAUCCUGCUUCUCGUGCUCCUCUUCCCUCUCAUCUUCCUCCUCCUGCGGACGCUGCCGGGGCCGGGUCGGGGGCGGUGGCGCUGCGGGGGCCCCUCGCUGCCUUGCGGGGCGUCCCGGGGGCCGGGCGGAGCGGGUGGAGCCGCGCGUGGUGCGGUGUGUGCGGGAAGGUGCUUCCCUGGCUCCUGCAUGUUCCCUGCGGGGGGCCGGCUCCGGGGCUGGAGAGCCGCACUGAGCCGUGGCAUCGGGGAAUUCAUUUUGUAAAUGUGUACGUGUGGCUCAUGUGCGGUGAGGGGGGUCUAGGGUCGUGUUUUAGAGAGUUGCAUUUGCUGUAGCGUUAGUUGUGGCGGGGGGGUUGAGGGCUGGUUGUAGCCCAUCUGUAUUUCGUGGGGUUGUGUUUUUGGUUUGUAUAAGCAGUUUCUAGGCUUUGAAGAGCUGCAUUGCUGUUGCCGAACUGUAGUUCUUCCAAGGUUGCCAUUGUUUGCGUUCUGGGAGGGCAGCUGGUGGCCUCGCAGGAAGGCGGCAGGUCGCGUCGGAGGAGGGCUCUGGGUCGGUUCCGUGUGACUUCUUUCCAGGGGAGGUUUAGCUUUUCUCCGGCGUCUCUGAUGCCAGAACAAGGCCCCAGAAUGAACGGUUUCUCUCUGGGCGAGCUGUGCUGGCUGUUCUGCUGCCCGCCCUGCCCCAGCCGCAUCGCUGCCAAGCUGGCCUUCCUGCCCCCGGAGCCCACCUACACCGUGCUGCAGCCCGAGCAGCAGCAGGAGCCCGGGGCGGCGGCCGGGGCGGGCACCCCCACGGGAUCGGGCACCUGCAGCCUGCACCUGAGCGAGCGGGCCGACUGGCAGUAUUCCCAGCGGGAACUGGAUGCCGUGGAAGUGUUCUUCUCCCGCACGGCCCGAGAUAACAGGCUGGGCUGCAUGUUCGUUCGCUGUGCCCCCACUGGCCGGUACACGCUGCUCUUCUCGCACGGUAAUGCUGUGGACCUGGGCCAGAUGUGCAGCUUCUACAUUGGCCUCGGCUCCCGCAUCAACUGCAACGUCUUCUCCUACGACUACUCUGGCUACGGGGUGAGCACCGGCAAGCCCUCUGAGAAAAACCUGUAUGCAGACAUUGAUGCAGCCUGGCAGGCCCUCAGGACAAGGUAUGGUGUCAGUCCUGAGAACAUUAUCCUGUAUGGUCAGAGCAUUGGUACUGUCCCUACAGUGGACCUGGCAUCUCGGUACGAGUGUGCAGCUGUGAUCCUCCAUUCUCCCCUGAUGUCUGGGUUACGGGUGGCUUUUCCUGACACCAGGAAAACCUAUUGCUUUGAUGCUUUCCCGAGCAUUGACAAGAUCUCUAAAGUGACCUCUCCUGUGCUGGUCAUCCACGGUACCGAAGACGAGGUGAUCGAUUUCUCCCAUGGCCUGGCCAUGUACGAGCGAUGUCCACGAGCAGUAGAGCCCCUCUGGGUGGAAGGGGCUGGGCAUAAUGACAUAGAGCUUUAUGCACAGUACUUAGAGAGACUAAAACAGUUCAUAUCUCAUGAACUUCCCAACUCCUGAAGAAGCCUACCUGAUUUUACCUCAGUUACUGUGAACGGAAGAAAUUACCUGGUUUUGCACAUGCUUUAACUGGAUAGCUGUAAUAGCUUUAUACUAUGAAGAAAUACCCUGUCUUGAGGGUGUUCUAAUCAAACAUCUGAUGAAAUUUGUCUUUUCUAUCUGGAAAUGAUUCUACUAAUGCACACAAAUAUGGUCAACUACUGUAAUUCCAACAAUUUUUAGCUUCAUUGCCCUGAAGGAAGUGGGAAUCCUAGCUGCUUAUGGGGACACUUUUUACCUAGUGCUGUAUUAAUUGAAGAUCAGUUUUCUCUGUCUCACUUCAGAUCAUUUAUAAUUCUGUCCUACAAAGACUUUUUCCCCAUUGUGUUCUCAGAGUGGAGAACACAACUGUUACGAGCUACAGCUUGUUCUGAACAAUCAUGGGUUCAAUCUAAGGGAGUACUUUCUCUGUGAAGUUUCUAGCUGUGGUAUUGUAACUGGAAAGUUAUUGUGAUGAAGUUCCCCUUCCUCCCUUCUAGUGUUCUUUUGUUAACUUACUGAUCUUCCCAAGUAAAUUAUUUAAAUAUACUUUUACCUGAAAAUAAACAAACUACUAUAUGGGGCUAAACUCUGUAACGACCUCUCUAUUAGUUGUAUAAAAAUAACUGGAAUAUUCUUAAAGGAUCUAGGGACAAAACUGCUUUUGUUUAAAAAUAAAUGUGUAAAUUUACUACUAGAAAACUCAUUUUAAUAUUCAGAUUGUCUGAAUAAUAGCCAUAACAGACAUUUCCUUCUGUAAAGCAUUCCUGUAGACUUUUUAAAAGUACUGUACAUAUUUGAAUUUACAUUGUGCAUAGAUUCUUAAUUGGUAGUUUUAAUUUAAGUCUAGUUACAAUAAACUGCAAAAUUCUGGUUUGUAUAUGAUUGAAUACAUUUUGUUAAAAUAUGUUUUUAUCCCUAUAUUAUUUUGCUAUUAAAGUUUUAUAAAGUUUCCAGGACAAAAAAAAAAUAGAAUUUACACAUUUAUGUUUUGAUGAAUUAUGUAACUAAAUUUUCAUUGAGCUGAUCUUUUUAGUUUAGAAGUAAUUUGAUUCUUUGACACUGGAAUCGCACAGAUUAUGCAUCAGAAAUGCAAAACACUUAAUUGUUACACUGCUAGGGUAGGUCUAAUUUUUCCAAAUUUAAAGGCCUUAAAUGUACUGUAAGCCUCAGAUUGUUGUAUAAAUUGAUUGCGAUUGAUUGCAGUUUGUGUCCUGUUGCUAGAGAGCAACACAGUGAUUGUAAUGGAAUAAAGGAUGCAUGGAUUAGAGCUUGCUCAAGUUUGGAAUCUUAUUUGGUGCAGAAUUUUUGUACGUGAGGAAAGUGUAAAAGCAUUACUUGAUAGAGUAAGCUGGGUAUGUAAAUGAAAUGUGCAAGAGGUUACAUUUAAAUGGUGUUCAGCUGGUUCUAUGUAAUGAAAAUUGCCUGGAAGAAAUAUGUGAACAUGGUUGUUACGAAUUCCUCUAACAGGCCUGCAGUUAAUUUUCAGUGCUGCAAGUGUGCAUUGUCUUUGAUUAUUGCCUUGGCCCUAUUACUGCAGAAGGGGAAAAACUUGUAUUUUCACUUCCAGUGAAAUGAGGACAUGCAUCCUGGUCCACAUCACCUGGAUCCUUAGACUCUGGAUCUGAGCAUCAGUGUUGUCUAGCUGUGACUUUUAACUGUCCCAAGCAGCAGGGCCCCCAGCAGUUCUUUUGGUGACUUUGCCAGCCAAAAUUGUCAGGUUUUGCCUGAUCACCACCUCAAGCUCAGCACUUCCCUCCUGUAUUUUAAAUAAAUAUUCAGAUACUUGUCUGAUUUUAUAUAUAUUUGUUGUACCUUCAUGAAUCCACCGUGAUUUUCUUCCAUUCCUAUAUGUGUUCUUCCUGGGACUGUAGCCCUGUGGAAACCAAGCUGCUGUGUGUGGUACAGGUAUUCAAGUCAGUGUUGAAAGGGUCAGCCUGUCCCUGUAGCAACUUGGGGAUUUUUACCUAAUUAGCUCUGGUUUUUGCUGUCCACAUUGAACUUUGUGUUGCUCUGAAACCUCAGCCUGCAAUGUUUCUUCUCCUCAUGACCCUCUGUAGCUGCCCUUUAACAAACUGAUAUUUCUAACCUUUUCCCUGUAAAUUGAUUUUUUGAUCAUUACUUUUCCAACUCCUGAAGUAAUUUUGUGACUUGUCUUUGCAUUUGCUUUGUUUUUUUCCUCUGUUAAUGAGAACCCUGAAUAUGAAUUCAACAUGGUUAUUUAUGUCCCAUGGUCUCUGCAGUUGCAGGAACAGUUCACGAUGUCCUGACUGAACCUGGAUUUCCACUUGUACUAUCUUUUAUUUGCCUGAAUUCCUGCUUAACUAAUUCUCAGAGGGGCCUCAGUCUUCUGGCAUCUGCAUUGUCUGGUUUGGUUUGUGAAGUUCAUCUGCAUUAAACUAACACAGAUGUUUUGUUCUUAAUUAAAACGUUAAUGACCUAUCAUUGAUCCACUGGUAUGGAUCUUUCCUCUCUAUUAAUUCGGUAAUUUGUUUACCUGUUUGUUCCCUUAAAUAAUUUUCCUUGUAGCCCUAUUCUCAUCCAAUAAUUCUUAAAUUGGUUCUGAUUUUUUUAUAAUUUUCUGAUGUAUGCUCUGCACAAAAUAGAUGCUAAUAGUGAUCUGCUUUGUAUUAUAAACUAGUAUCAAAGUUUCAAGCAUUUCAAAACACUGCUGGUCAACUUUAGAACUAUUAGUUGAAAAAACGUGGCAAAGUCAUGAAGAUGCAGUUUCAUCCAUGACAGUGAAUUUCAAGUCCUCAUUAUUUUAAAUAUAAAAUGUUUUUAAAAUUUAAAAAAUAUUUUCAUUUUUAAAUUAUAAGAAAGGGGAUGAUGUGAGGUUAUGAAAAACAAAUUUUGGGCUUAAAAAAAUAGUCUGUUCCAGCAAACUGCUAACAUGCUGUAAUUUAAAUGUAUAAUGUGGGCCUUUACAAGAACUUGUUAUGCAUAUUUUAGAGCUAUCAAGGUGUCACUGUAAAAACGGCUCUGUGUGCCUGGAUAAAUUAUACAACGGGUCUCCCAAAGGUGUGAGCAAUCACUUACAUGUUGUUGUUGAUGGGGAUGCUCUGUCCAUUUUUCCUGUGUGACUGACUUUUUGUUCACGUAGUGCAGCCACAGGUGAUGUACAGCUUGUUUGCAGAAAGGUAAGAUGUGGUACAUCUGUUUACUAUCAGUAGUUGUCUCGUGUUUGUACUUUGGAAAAGCCAGAGGAGAAUUUUUGUUACAGCUUCAAAGGUGUGGUUUUCCAAGGAGUCUGAUAUGUAUCCUUUUAAAGUUUAUGUAACUGUUAUAAAUUUAACUUGUGCUCACACGGAGGCCUGGUACUUGUGUCGCCUCUGCUGCGGUUUUGUUCCUGGUUCUUCCAUGUCACUCCUGUAACUUGUGCCAGCUUUGCUUGGGGUGCUGACACUGGAACUCUAAAUACCAAACCUGUAUUUAUGCUUAGCAUUGUACACAUCUAUGAACUCUGUAUUGCAUUUGCUUUUUCUAAAUGGUGCUAAACAUAGAAGCAGAGACCCAA